AUGUCGACCUACUACGUGGGACCCUUCGGGCGUAUGUUACCUGUGACCGAUGGUCCUUCUUCGGAGCGAGAGCCUGAUCGUCCGGCUAACUUGCCAGUUCCUGGAACUCAUCCAUACCAGCUCCCGCCACCUCGUGCUUCAGCGCCUUUGCAGUUUGGAACGGACCCUUUCCUGCACCAGCGGACCCAGGGAGAGAGGACCGAUCUUGGAGGACCCUUAUCCGGCCGUUCGCAGGCCCCCAGCCAUCAGCCUGCAACCGAGCAGCUGCCGUCAGUCAGCCAGUUGUUGACCCCGACGGCCCAAGACAGUCGGCCAUCGUCUCCUUAUCACCCCAGCGCUUUUGGAAUCUACACACCCCCUAAUGGUCCCGCGGAACAUUCUCAACCAUACCGACACCAUGAGCCUGGCCCCGUCCUGACGCCGACGCCGCGCAACGGAAUCCUCGAGCAUCAACUCCAUUCGGAUCCCAUCCAUCAACGGCAUCCCGGUUCGUUGCCUCCGCUCUCUCGUUUAUCUCCCCACAAUCUGGGGCGCGAGGCCUCGGUGAAUCCGCCCAGCCAGGUCAACUCGCCCGUUCCUUCGUUUCCGCAGGGGCUAUUUCAUCCGCAUGGAUUCAGACCUCCCGAGAGGGAAUCUGACGACGGCGGACUCCCAGAAUCCCCGGACGCGCGAGGUUUGGCCGAGAACAAAAGCCCUACUUCCAAUGUUCGUUCGCAUGUGGUCGAUGAGAGGUACGUCGACGGGGAGGGCCUGUGUUACAUAUACGCAGACGGCACUCGGUGCCCCAAGAUCAUUGACGGAGUCCCCGUGAAUGCCAACUGGGGCAUUACGAAGGCCGGAAAGCCGCGAAAGCGACUAGCCCAGGCCUGUUUGACUUGCCGAGAGAAGAAGAUCAAGUGCCAGCCAAAUCUGCCGAAAUGCGACCAGUGCCAGAAAUCCGGCAGAGAGUGCAGGUUCGAGAGUGCACCUCGCGGUCAUCGUGCGGCGACGAAGCAUUCCCAACCGAUGGGACGAUACGAAGGACGGGACAGCUUCUCCGCCGGAAGCCACAACUUUUCCGGCUCCUCUCAUUCCCUGUAUUCCAUGGUCCGGGCCUCAGGAAGCUCGACUUCGCUGCCGAGGACCAGUUCUCAGUCUCCUAUAUCCGACGGCUCGAUGCUUACUCCUUCCGCGGUGGAUAGCACUCACGACGGUGCGAUGGACUACGAACAUUACAGAUUGAGAGGUCCGGGAUCGAGUCGAAUCUCUGCAGGCGCCGAGGACCUGCCGAAACGUGUGGAUGGUCAAGUGUCUCCUGAUUAUUCCGACAUUCUCACGGGGUUGAAAGAUCUGGAUCCGCAGGACCCUAUCGCCUGUGACUGGCGAGUUGAUCCAUACGAACUGGACCCUGAGCUCACGAUGCAUUACGUCGAAACCUAUUUCACGUAUGUGAAUGAUCGGAUGUACUACAUGUUCCCACGACGUCGAUUUCUUCUCUGGCUUCGGUCGAGCCAACCGAAAUCACUGGAUGACCAUAUGCUCCUUUACUCAAUGAUGACACUGGGAUCAGUGUUCUCCGAGCGCCCGGACAGGGUGAUAGCUUUGAAGAGAUACUCUCGCACGGCUCGAUAUGCCGUGGAACACAGCAGACACAGUCUCACCCUGCAGCUUGCUCAAAGUCGCAUCAUCAUGAGUCUUUGGUAUUAUGCCAUCGGCGCUCUUGUGAAGUCAUGGGAUGCUGUUGGGGCUGCCGUGCGGACAGUGAGCGGACUACGAUACAAUGUCGAGCUGGGCGGCGUUAUUGUGGACCAAAGCCGAGAAUGCGAAUAUGGUUUACAUCCCCAGGCGUUGAUCGAAUGCCGACGUCGCACAUUCUGGGUUGCUUUUCUGAUGGACCGUCUCUCGUGUUUCUAUACCCCGUCGACCACCCUCAUUUCCUCCCAAACCGCCUACCUCCGACUACCUUGCCGCGAAGAGGUCUACGAAGCCCAACAAUACACUACCGUUCCUUAUUUCCAGAGCUUUUUGAACCAGCUUCCCGUAUCCUUGGAAGACGAGCUUUCCGGAUUGAGUGCGAUGGCACUCCUGAUAGACAUUUUGUCAUUAUGGGGAGAGGUUUCAGACCACGUCUUUCGAUUGUCGUUGAUUCCGGCCGAGGCUUAUGGCAGGCUCUUCGAGGAAUUUCACUCGAAUGUUGUUCGCCGGUCGGACGAGUGGGCUGCCAGGCUACCGGACCAUUUGACAUUCACGGCCGUCAACAUGGAACGCAGUAUUCGAUCCAAGAAGGCGGAUUCUUUCAUCUCCAUCCACCUUUUAUACCAUGCAACCUUAAUGAAACUGAAUCGACACGCGCGGUUCCAGAAUCUUCCGGAUGGGCUGGUGGACCGGUACAUCCACGCCACCAGAAACCACGCAGCGGAGAUCUUGCGCAUCUCAGUUGCUCUCAUGCGAUAUGCCGCCGAUUAUGAGACUUCCCGGUCGGCCAUGGAGCCCAAUAUCUCCAAGGGAACUCUACUCAAUCCCUUUUUGGGCUAUGUGAUUUUGUCCGCGAUCGACGUGCUUAGCGCCGGCGGAUUGAUCGUGGAUCUCCCUGAAUGCAUCCGCCUCAUCGGGGGUGGACUCGAGGUGAUGCGCGAGCUGAGUCGCUUCUGGGCCAGCACCGUGCCGCUAGUGAGUUUGAUCGAGACACGACUCAAUGCGAUGACCGAAGUGCCUUACCCGCAACUCGAGUUGGCCGGCAAGAUCGCCUUCCUCACGAGGAGUCAUUCGCUGGAUAGCCAGGUCCGCAGUAGCGUCCAAAAACAGGAGUCGGCGACGAAUGAAGACCUCCUGUAUGAAGAAAUGCCGCGUGAGCGGCUGUUCGUUGCUCUGGGAGUCGGAAGCGUUCCAUUCUCGGAGGACAACAUCCUCUGGAUGAAAGAUACCAGCUGA